AUGACCAUGCCUUUUGCAUCGAAAGCAAUCGUCAGCGUACGACCGCUUGCCAGAGGUAUCGCCUCAAGCGCCUCUCGCCUAGCAGAGGGCUCGACGCCUUCUCCGUCAGCCACGAGCUCAUCCGCCUCGGCAUCUCGUCCGCGACCCAACAGCCAAUCGCAGCGCUCCCCUCAAUCCAGAGGCGGCGCUUCGGAUCGACUUCGUGCAGGUCAAAGGACCCGUAACUCUGCAUCACAACGAGGCGGAGAAGGCAGCGGCGCCAAAAGCAACAACAACAACAACAACAGAAACGCAGGCAGCGAUCGACGCAACAAGCGGCUGCCCUCGGUCUUUGAUGCCACCUCCGCUUCCAACCAGGCCCGCGCUGGCAGAGGCUCUAACAACAAAAGUCUUUCCAACACUCCACAGAAGCUUUCUGCUCCGCUCCCCAAGACCGACUGGAACAACCCGCUCUUCUCCAAGCCUGGGUUUGAACGCUUGCUGUCAUCGGCACCUCGCCCCUCUUCCGUCUUCAUCCCCGAUCUUGCAGCUGCUGCACCGUCCGCGCCAGCUGCUGCCGGUAAGGGCAAAGGCAAGGCCGCUGCUGCUCCUGCGGCCAAGACGGCCAGCGCGAAGCUCAACCUUCCGGGUAUCAAGACCGCCAACAGUGCGCUCAAGCUCCACAUCGUUCCUGGUGCACGCAACGUUCUCGGCCCCACCAACAAUCCAACCAGCGUGGCGGCGGGCUUCCUGACUCACACUCGCGCAGCGCUCACACGCUCAUCCGACCUCAGGGCAUCCGACGACAAGUCGUUGGCAGAGCAGCUCAAGGCAGCCAGGAUCGCCUUGCAGAACGAGCAGAUCGGAGGCUCGUACGAGCGAUUCCAAGCACAGUCUCUUCUCAAAGCUACUGGUGUCCAGACAGACGCAAAGCAGGCAUCGCUCUCCACCAGGGCAGUCCAGGAUGCUGCUCAAGCGCUCGCAGUCAACUCGGAUCUGGCACCCGAGGGCAAACGCUUUGUCACUCAAACCAUCGCAGAUCGACUGGGCAGCUGA